CCGGGCCCCGCCACGGGCAUGGGCGCGCCGGCCCGGGCGCUGCUGCUGCCGCUGCUGGCCCAGUGGCUUCUGCGCGCAGUCCCGGUGCUGGCCCCCGCGCCCUUCACGUUGCCGCUCCGGGUGGCUACGGCCACGGGUGGCGGAGCUGCGCCCAGCCCCCGACCCGGGACUCCCGCCGCGCCCCGGGCCGACGGCCUGGCGCUCGCCCUGGAGCCCGCGGGGGGCGCCGCUAACUUCUUGGCCAUGGUGGACAACCUGCAGGGCGACUCCGGCCGCGGCUACUACCUGGAGAUGCUGCUCGGGACUCCCCCGCAGAAGCUGCAGAUUCUCGUGGACACGGGCAGCAGUAACUUCGCCGUGGCAGGGGCCCCGCAUCCCUACGUGGAUUCCUACUUUGAGGCGGACAGGUCCAGCACUUACCGCCCCAGGGGCGUGGACGUCACCGUGAGGUACACACAGGGCAGCUGGACGGGCAGCCUCGGCGAGGACCUUGUCUCCAUCCCGAAGGGCUUCAACACGUCCCUCCUCGUCAACGUCGCCACGAUUUUUGAGUCGGAGAAUUUUUUUCUGCCGGGGAUCAAAUGGAACGGAAUACUCGGUCUUGCCUACGCCACGCUGGCCAAGCCCUCCAGCUCCCUGGAGACGUUCUUCGACUCCCUGGUGGCGCAGGCGAGAAUUCCAGAUGUGUUCUCCAUGCAGAUGUGUGGGGCGGGCCUGCCCGUGGCUGGAGCCGGUACCAACGGAGGUAGUCUUGUCCUAGGUGGGAUUGAACCCAGCUUGUACAAAGGGGACAUCUGGUAUACCCCGAUUAAGGAGGAGUGGUACUACCAGAUUGAGAUCCUGAAGCUGGAGAUCGGAGGGCAGAGUCUGAACCUGGACUGCAGGGAGUACAACGCAGACAAGGCCAUCGUGGACAGUGGCACCACGCUGCUGCGCCUGCCGCAGAAGGUGUUCGACGCCGUGGUGGAAGGCGUGGCCCGCUCGUCUCUGAUCCCGGAGUUCUCGGACGGCUUCUGGACUGGGUCGCAGCUGGCCUGCUGGACCAACUCGGAGAGCCCGUGGGCAUACUUCCCUAAGAUAUCCAUCUACCUGCGGGACGAGAAUGCCAGCCGCUCCUUCCGCCUCACCAUCCUGCCGCAGCUCUACAUUCAGCCCAUGAUGGGGGCCGGCCUGAACUACGAGUGUUACCGAUUCGGCAUCUCCGCCUCCACGAACGCGCUGGUGAUUGGUGCCACCGUCAUGGAGGGCUUCUACGUGGUCUUCGACCGAGCUCGGAAGCGGGUGGGCUUCGCGGCCAGCCCCUGUGCGGAAGUCGCAGGUGCCCCGGUGUCCGAGAUCUCCGGGCCUUUCUCGACGGACGACUUGGCCAGCAGCUGCGUCCCGGCCCCAGCCCUGCCGGAGCCCACCCUGUGGCUCAUCUCGUACGCGCUCAUGAGCGUGUGCGGGGCCAUCCUGCUCACCCUCAUCGCCCUGCUGCUGCUGCCGCUGCGCUGUCGCCAGGGGGCCCGCGAUCCCGAGGUGGUCAACGACGAAUCCUCGCUCGUCAGGCAUCGCUGGAAAUGAGGUGCCCUGGCCCAGAGCGGCCUUGGACUGCGUGGCUCCGGGAUGUCCACGCCGUGGGCCACGGGCCCAGCACGCGGGCAGGGAGGGCUUCCUGCUCUGUGCGCGGCCCUUGACUCUCAGUCUACCCCUGCUGCCUUCCAGAGUCAACUGUAUUUUGAUUCUUGAUUUUUUUAAAGCUUUCGAUUCAUCUUUCCUACUUCCAAGGGAAAAAAUAUAAUAAUAAAAGAAAAAGAAAA